GACAUCAUCAAUAUGUGCGAAGGGUAUAAGUAUCUGGUAUUGUAACGAAUUUUGUGCAUGGCAGUGUAAAAUUUAUCCCCAAAACAGUAAUUUAUUGUUUUAUUGGAAAAAAACUUUUUAAAGUCAAUUUAAUGUUUGAUAAUUUUAUUAAUGUGAUUAUUUCAAAUGAUAUAAAAUUUUCAAAAUAUUGUCCAAGACGAUUAAACAAGUUGGUGUGGCUUUCCUGUGCGUGAUUUCCUGCUGGUGUGUGAAUGUCGAAGGUUGCAUCGUCUUUCAUUUAUUUCAAAAUUUAACCUUAAUAUGUAAAGGAUCAUUAUGUCGGAAUAAAUUGACUCAAUGCUUAUUAUAAAGUAUUAAAUGGCUAUUUUAUAAUUGCAUUACUACUGUGAUAAUUUAUAGCUAACAUGGAAACAGAGUUUUUAGACAUUGAUAGGAGAAAUGCCUGGGGCACAGUUUUCCAGGAAAUUAGAAAUGAGUCAAACAACUUUUCAUACAUUAUAAAAGAUGCCAAAAAGUCAGAAAAUAAGAACUUAAAUCGUUACAGAGAUGUCAACCCAUUUGACCAUAGCAGAGUACGUUUACAAAGAGGUGACAAAGAUUAUAUCAAUGCAAGCCUUGUCAGUGUUCCAUCAGCUGAUAGGUCAUAUAUUUUAACUCAAGGUCCAUUACCAGUGACUACAGGCCACUUCUGGCUGAUGGUUUGGGAGCAAAAGUCUAAAGCUAUACUUAUGUUAAAUCGUGUCAUUGAAAAAAAUGCAGUGAAAUGUCAUCAGUAUUGGCCAGUUGGAAGCAAAAAUGGAGGAGAUGAUGAAUUGAGUCUUAUGGAUGUUCAACUUAAAAUUACAUUUUUAAAUGCAAAAGAUGACUCAUAUUAUAUUCUUCGCGAGUUCCUUAUAACAGAUUUAGAGACUCAUGACUCAAGAAGGGUUUUGCAGUUUCACUAUACAACCUGGCCUGAUUUUGGUGUACCUGAAUCUCCUGCAGCAUUUCUAAAUUUUUUAUUUUCGGUUCGGGAAUCAGGGGCUCUGAAUUCUAAUGUUGGUCCACCUGUGGUGCACUGCAGUGCUGGUAUAGGAAGAUCUGGAACAUUUUGUCUUGUUGAUUCAUGCCUUGUUCUGAUUGAGAAAAAUAAUGAUCCAGACUCAAUUAAUAUACGUCAAAGAUUAUUGGAAAUGCGUCAUUAUAGGAUGGGUUUGAUUCAAACACCAGAUCAGUUACGAUUUUCAUACCUAGCAAUUAUUGAAGGUGCUAAGCGAAUUUUGCCGAAUAGGAAUUCUAACAAUGUGCCUUCAGCAAGUCAAACUCAUAAUCAGACCUGCAAGCAAGAUUGUUAUUCAAGUAAAAGUAGUGAGGAAAUUUCAGUGGUAGAUGCUAAUAAAGAUGCUUCUGAUUCAUCACCACCACCUUUACCACCAAGUCUUUCAGAGUUGAGAAAACGUGCUCGUAAAGAACGUGAGGAGAAGACAGCUAUCAUGAUACAUAAUAUUAAGAAGAAGCAAAAGGAAUAUGAAAUGUGGGAAAAACGAAGGUCAAUUCUCAAACUUUCUUUAGGCAUAGUGAUAAUAUUUGGUAUUGGUAUCAUGUUGUAUAAGUGCUCAAAAAGUUAAAACCACAACAGAUGCUAUACUUAACUUAUAAAAUUAUUUUUGUUACCUAAACUUUAACAGUUUGACGUUAAUAUUCUUAAUAUGCAAGGAUAGGAAUUUCCUAUUCUCUGUUUGAUACUUGUAGUUACUUUUUGUAGCAAAUCAAGAAUUAUUUUAUCUCUAUGCAAAUGCCAUUCAUGGUUAUGUGAUCUGUCACAUUCACCAGUAGACAAUUUUGGUCCAAUUAAAGGUGAACAAAACUAACUUAAACUUACUGGAGCUGUGGAGCUCAGAUCAAAUACCAUGUAAAUGUUUUUAAUAAUUUUGUACAUUUUUUCAUGACAGUGGUUUACCAUACAAACUUGUAUAGUAUUUAUCCUUGUUGCUUAAUAAAUAAUUUUCUGAAAAGUACUGAUACAUUGUAUGGAUAAGUUGAUAUCAUUUUUAUGUUUUUACAGUAAAUUUUUUCGCUUUUUGGUUUCCUUAAUAUAGAGAUGUGAGAUUAGUACUUUAUUAUUUGACCAAAAGGAAGAAACGUCUGAAAACAUCUUAAAAAAUUAAAACUUUGAAUAAUUAGUAGAAAGAUGAAAAGAUUCUGGUUGUCUGUCAGCUUAUUUUUGUGAAGUUAAAAAGUAUGCAAUAGCAAAUUCCAGAUAUAUAUAUUAUAUUUAUAUAUAUAUAUGCAAUCAAUAAAGGCAAUAUGAAACUAUGCAAUAGCAUUGUUACCAGUAACAUAGGAGUUUCAAAUUUUUUGUUUUUAUGUGUUUGUCCAAGUCUGUAUUUUAAGUAAUCGUCUAAACAUGUUUAUAUAUAUGACUACGCAGUCAUUUUUGAGAAAUUUUGGCUCUUGAUGAUAAAGAACAUCUUUUUUAGAAGGUAUUCUAACAUGACAAAAUGUGUAAGUUUAUGCAGAAAAGCUCUUGUAAAAAUAAGUAAAUAAACUGAAAAAUAAGAGCUGAAGCCUAACAUUUAUGUGUUAUGGUGUAGAGUUAACUUUUGUAUAAAACAAAUUUUUGUAUUUGUCAAACUAAAUGUGAGACUUGCUUGCUUUCCCAUAUUGUAAGAUAUGAAUAUACACUAUUGAAAAUGUGUAGUUUUUUUAACAGUAAAAUAUAUAUUUUGCAGUA